AGUGCGGGGGCUUCUGCUUGUGCUCUGGAAGAUCAGAGUCCGAGUGGAGUCCAACAGGAUGGGGAUAUAAUAUUGGGAAUAGUUCUUUCUUUAUUUAGGUCAAGAAUGGAUGAGAAGGAAAUUCAAUUCAACCACAAACCUUCCCCACGCAAAUGCAAUUAUCCAUCACUUAUAUAUUAUCAACAUUAUCUAGCAGCCAUUUUUGCCAUUGAGGAGAUCAAUCAGAAUGCUAACAUCUUACCCAACCUGACCCUUGGCUACCGUAUCUAUGAUGCCUGCACCAGUGAAAGUCGGGCAGCAGCCAACACUCUGAGCAUAUUGACUGGGAGGACGGCAUCUGUACCCAACUAUUCCUGCAAUGACAAGGGAACACUUGCUGCUUUUGUGGGUCAUUUACUUUCCACACUGACCCAUGUAGUAUCGGACAUGACAACAAUUUACAAGUUCCCUCAGAUCAGCUAUGGGGCUCAGGAUCCUGCUCUGGAUGACAGGCAGCAAUACCCAACAUUAUACAGGACUAUCAUCAGUGAAAAGUAUCACUUUGUAACCAUCAGUCAAAUACUCAAACUGUUUGGUUGGACGUGGGUGGGAAUUAUCUGCUCAGAUGAUGAAAGUCACCAAAGUGCUGUUAAUAAAAUAAAGUUUGAGAUCACAAAAAGUGGGGGUUGUGUGGAAUUUGUGGCUGUGUACACUACUGAAAAUGUAUGGAUAAAAACAAAAUUUUUAGAAAAAAUAAAGUCUUCAUCAGCAAAUGUCAUUAUUGUCAGCAGCGACUCCCAUAUGCUGCUCCACAUUUUAUUGAGUAUUCACACAGAUAUAGAACUCAAGAAAUUUUUAAUAUUUUCAUCAUCUCUGGAAAACAUGAGUAACUUUGGGGAUUCUUCACUCAAUGGGUCAUUGAUCAUCUCAGACAAUUCCUCUGGGAUAUACAUUCCAGCCUGUACAAUGAAUGAUACUCUGGGUAUGACUGGUACUUCAUAUUUCGCCAUAACAAAUUUCUAUAUCACUUACAAUCUGUACAUUGCCGUGUAUGGCCUGGCACAUUCCCUGCAUGAGAUCCCACAGUCUGUGUGUAUUGGUAUCUGCCAGGCGGGAUACAGAAAAGCUGAAAAAAAAGGCCUCCCAGCCUGCUGUUAUGAAUGCGUACAGUGUUCCGAUGGAGAGAUUGCCAAUGUAUCAGACAUGGAAAACUGCAUAAAGUGCCCUGAAGAUGAGUGGUCCAACGAGAAUAGAAAUAAGUGCAUUAAGAAAACCAUUGACUUUCUGUCUUAUGCUGAACCUCUGGGUUUGAGUUUAGCGAUCUUGGCAAUUCUGUUAUCCAUCACUGCAUCUCUAGUCCUUGGAAUCGUUAUCAAGAACAGACACAGCCAGAUUGUGAAAGCCAAUAAUCAAGAACUUAGUUAUAGUCUUCUCCUAACACUUAUACUAUCCUUUCUCUGCACAUUACUCUUUUUAGGAAAACCCAUGAAGGUGACCUGUAUGUUUAGACAAGUUACUUUUGCAGUCAUAUUUACCACAAGCAUCUCCUCGGUUUUGGGGAAAACUGUAACUGUACUGAUUGCAUUUCAUGCUAUAACACCUGGAAGUAUGUUGAAGAUCUGGGUUGGAAAAAGAGUUCCAAGGUGUCUUGUUCUUCUUUUAUCUCUGGGAGAGGUUAUAAUUUGCAUUAUGUGGUUUCUACAUUGCCCACCAUUCCCUGAUUAUGAUACCAGAUCCCAACCAUCUGUGAUGACCUUGCAGUGUAAUGAAGGUUCUGCUGUGGCAUUCUACAUUGCAGUAGGGUACAUUGGAAUGCUGGCCUCUGUCAGCUUCAUUACCGCUUAUCUUGCCCGUGGGUUACCUGACAUAUUUAAUGAAGCCUCACACAUCACCUUUAGCAUGUUGGUGUUCUGCUGUGUGUGGAUCGCUUUCAUCCCAACAUACUUGAGCUCCAAAGGCAAAUACAUGGUGGCAGUAGAGAUAUUUGCUAUUCUUUCUUCCAGCUCUGGGUUGUUGGGAUGUAUAUUUAUACCCAAAUGUUACAUCAUCCUUUUAAAACCUAAAAAAAGGGUCAAGGAGAAAGCAACUUCUAAAAAAAAAUAAACCAAAGUUACUCAACUAUAAAACACAUUAAUAUUUUUCACAACAUAUUUACUUUUGCAUAAUUAUUUUUGGUUUACACUUCCUGUUUUUUUUCCUGGCCGGGUAUAUCCCCAUCUCUCCCAGACUGACUUUGUUGUUAUAUAGUUGCAUUCUCUGGAACUCCUUUUUAGUG